AUGCGUUUCUCUCUGACUACCAUCGCGGCUGCGGCCCUGAUCGUCUCUGUCUCCGCGGCACCUGCUCCCGCCCCAGCUAAGCCGACGGAACUUUCGGCUCGAGGUCCCGCUCCUACAAAGGCUCAUGGCCAUCGUGGUGGCCAUCGCGGCAAACACGGCGGCGGUCAACGCAACGGCACCGAGUCCAGCGGUCCUGGCUCUGAUUCCAUCGGCUCUGGAAUGGGAAUGGGCGGUGGCCCAGGACGAGGUGGCCAACGCAAUGGCGGUGACCCCGGUUACUUCCCUGGCGGUGGCGCUGCUCCCACCGGCGGCUUCCCAGGUUUUGGCGGCCAGCCAUCCGACCCUCAGAUGACGGGUGCUCCUACGUUUACCCCCGGCAACGACUACGAGCGUAGAUCUGUUGAGUCCGAACCUGUUGUUACGAAGCGUUCACCCUUCGGUUUGGUUUGGAGAGCCACGGAUGAGGACUCGAAGGACGCCUCUAAUUCCAAGGACUCUGCAGAGGAUUCGUCUAACUCUAAGGACGGUGCUUCCGACUCCAAGGAUGACAAGAAAGACAAAUCGAAGGGCUCUUCGGGCUCUUCUGACAGCAGUGAGGGAUCUUCCAGUGGCAAGGGCAAGUCUUCCGAUGACGCUAGCGACAGCACUGAGGAUGCGACUGGCGACUCCGGUUCAAGCUCUGGUGGAGAUAGCGGUUCAAGUUCGGGAUCAGGUUCGGACUCCAGCAGCGGUAGCGGAAAAGGCAGCGGAUCAUCCUCAGAAAGCGACUCAUCCUCAGGCGGAGGCUCAUCUUCGGGAAGCGACUCAUCCUCAGGCAGCGACUCGUCUUCGGGCAGCGACUCAUCCUCAGGAAGUGGCUCGUCUUCAGGUGGUGGUUCAUCCUCAGGCAGUGGCUCUUCUUCAGGUGGUGGAUCUUCCUCCGGUUGGGGAACUCAAACUGGAUCGGGCUCUGGAUCAGGCAACUCCACUAUGCCUAGCUCAGGCGGUAGUGCAGCAAGCGGUACCAUGCCCGCAGCAGCUGGCGAGUCUACUCUCUCCAAGACAAUGAUGGUAACCGGCGAAUUCGAUGGCGGCAUGAAGCGUUUCGGCCGUGGAGUGUCUUGCACCGGUCAAUCAGAAGGAGGAGACAGCGAUGCUGUAUUCUCUAUUGCCAACGGCGGCACUCUCCGCAACGUCAUCAUCGGAGCCGACCAGAUCGAGGGAGUACACUGCCAAGGAGCCUGCACCAUCGAGAAUGUCUGGUGGGAAGAUGUAUGUGAAGACGCUCUCACCUUCAAGAAGGACGGCGACGGCACAGUCACCGGUGGCGGAGCGAUGGGCGCAUCUGACAAAGUCAUCCAACACAACGGCGCGGGUACCAUUUCAAUCUCAGGCUUCACAGUCUCAACCUUUGGCAAGCUCUACCGAUCAUGUGGAAACUGCAAGACCAUGGGUGAGCGCCACGUCAAGAUCGACAAGGUCAAGGCUACAGGCGGAACAGCGACUUUCGUUGGUAUUAACUCCAACUACGGCGAUACUGCUACCAUUACCAACUCCUGCGUCACAGGCACAAAGGCUAUUUGCGAGGAGUUCGAGGGUAACGAUACGGGUGCUGAACCUAAGCAGAUCAGCGAGGGACCUAGCUCGGCUUGCAUUUAUACGCCUGCGGAUAUCGCCGCUUGUUGA